CCACUCUGUGUGAUACGUAGUAAUCUGGGAAAGUUUGAGCUUAUUUGGACAAAUUGAUUUGGAGAUGAUCAUAUUUUUUCUUCAGAGUAGCGUUUAGUUUUCUUGGCGUAAACUUUGAGCCCACCCUUCAUUUUCUUUCUAGAUUCGCCGCUGAACGACGGUGCUGAUCCCCAACGGCUGCUCAUCCCCUCCCCAACACCGCGCCCGGUGGCAUCCUCGUCUGAUCCGGCGGCAACGGCGAGGCGGUGGAUCUGGGGGCUUGGUCGGCCUCUUGCUCGCCGACGACCAGCAUCUGGUCAACGUGUCCAGGCUCCGGCGUAGUCCGGCCGGUGCCGCCGCCGCUGCUCUGCUGUGAAAGUAUGAAGAAAUGAAGAGAAAGAGGACUUUGCACAGUUGGUUUGCAAGCAAUUCAAACGCAUCCCCCGUUGUUCCUGAACCCAAUACUCCCCCAAUUGAUGUUGUUGUUCAACCAGCCCCAGUUGAGAACUUAAUUCACCCAACUCCAACAAAUGAGAGCACUAAUCCCUCUACCGAUAUCGAUGAGAGCACUAUCCCCCCUACAACAAAUGAGAGUAUUGAUCCCCCAGCCGAUGAGACCACUACCCCUCGCACAAAUGAGAGUACCAAUCCCCCAACUAAUGAGAGCACAAACCAACCACCAAGGCAUCAUAUACUAGAAUUCCAUCCGAGUCAGAUUUUUGGUGAUCCGGCUGAUCGAAUACCAAUAGAAGAUUAUGUCCCUGAAAUUCAAAGUGAAGUGAGAAGAGCUUAUUUGUUGAAAGGAAGAAACAAAGCUAGCGGGCACAAAUUUGAAGUGGGAUUGGAAGGUAAAAUUUGGAGAUCUUUUCAACCCCAAUGGCUAGAUAGGUUCGAUUGGUUGGAAUAUAGUGAGAAAAAGGAGGCUGCCUUUUGUUUCCCUUGUUUUCUUUUCAAGAAUCCAUCACAGGCCACUAGAUUUGGCAAUGAUGUAUUUACAAUAGGUGGAUACAAACGUUGGAAAACAGCUUUGGCAAAUUUUCAGAAACAUGUUGGUGGUCCAUCUAGUUACCACAACAUCGCUAAGGGCUUGAGUGAUGAUUUCAACAAUCAAAGGGCCAAUGUGGGUACCAAACUCCGAGUUUACAAUAAAGAGGCUGAAAUAAAAUAUAAAAUCCGCUUGACUGCAUCAUUGGAUUGUGCAAGGUAUCUCAUAGCUCAAGGGGAAGCUUUUCGUGGACAUGAUGAGUCCUCCAAUUCCAUCAACAAAGGCAAUUUCAGGGAGUUCUUGGAUUGGUACAAGGACAAGAAUAAAGAUGUGAAAGAUGCAUUUGAUAAGGGGCAAGGUAAUGCACUAAUGAUAUGUUCAGAUAUUCAAAAGGACCUUGCUACAUGUUGUGCAAUGGAGGUAACCAAAGUCAUCAAGAAUGAGCUUGGAGAUAAGAAAUUUUCGAUACUUGUUGAUGAGGCCAGAGAUUGCUCAAUAAAGGAGCAAAUGGCAAUGAUUUUGAGAUUUUUGGAUGACCAUGGGGAGCUUCAGGAGAGAUUUCUUGCUAUUAAGCACAUCACAGAUUAUACAUCAGCUGGAAUUAAAGAAGCAUUGCUUGGUGUGUUAAAGUACCAUGGCUUGCCUAUUAAUAGGAUUCGUGGACAGGGUUAUGAUGGGGCUUCAAAUAUGAGAGGAGAAUUCAAUGGUUUGCAAAAGCUAAUUCGUGACGAGUGUCCAUAUGCUUUCUUUGUUCAUUGUUUUGCUCAUCAGUUGCAAUUGGUGGUUGUCACAGUGGCUCAGUGUUGUCCAGUUAUUGCUGAUUUUUUUAACUAUCUUCCCUUGAUAGUGACUCAAGUAGGUUCAUCUUGCAAAAGAAAAGACACAUUGCUUGGAAAGCAUCAUGACAACUUGAUAGAAUUGAUGGAGAAUUGUAAGAUAUCAUCUGGAACUGGUUUACAUCAAGAAACUAACCUUGCUAGACCAGGAGCUACUCGUUGGGGCUCACAUCUUAGGACCUUGCUUCGUAUCUACACAAUGUGGAAUGCAGUGGUGGAUGUGCUAGCAAUUGUGGUGGACGAUGCCCGAGAACACUCUUCUCAAGGUGGAGCUUCAUGUUUGAUUGUACAAAUGGAAUGCUUUCAAUUUGUGUUCAUCAUGCUAUUCUUGAUAAACUUGUUGAACAUCACAAAUAUGCUAUCACAAACUUUGCAAAGGAAGAAUCAAGAUGUUGUUGAAGCCCUUCGUUUGAUCUUGGAUGUGAAAGAAGCUUUGCAAAAUAUGAGGGACAAUGGGUAUGAGUCAUUAUGUGACCAAGCAAAUAACUUUUGUGAGGAACAUGGCAUUGAGGUGCCAAAUAUGGAUGAUCUUGUUGGAGCAAUGGGGCAAUCUGUUCGUUCCAAGAAUAAGGUGACUCGACAUCAUUAUUUCAAGGUUAGCAUAUUCAAUGUUGCUAUUGAUGCAACUCUCACUGAGAUGAAUCAUCGAUUCAAUGAAGCUAACACCGAGUUAGUGGAUUGCAUGUCUUGUUUUAAUCCGGCAAACAACUUCUCAAAGUUUAACAUUGACAAGCUUAUACGGCUUGCUGAAAUUUAUGCUGAGGAUUUUACACAAGCUGAACGGUUGUUGCUAAGAUAUGAGCUUCCAACAUUCCUUACAAAUAUUAGGAGAAGUGAGGAAUUUAAUGCAUGUCCAGAUGUUUCCACCCUUGCUCGGUUGAUGGUUCAAACAACAAAACAUAGAACUUUCCAAUUGGUAUAUCGCCUCAUCGAGUUGACAUUGAUUCUUAAAGUGGCAACUUCAUCGGUCGAGAGGAUAUUUUCAGCAAUGAAGAUCAUCAAAACUGAUUUGUGCAAUAAGAUAUCAGAUGAUUGGCUUAAUGAUUUAAUGGUUUGCUAUUGUGAGAAAAGGAUAUUCAUAAGUAUUCCCGAUGAUCAAAUUAUGAUACGAUUCCAGAAAAAGAAAGAUCGAAAAGGACAUUUGCCUCAUGAGUAUAAUGUGAUUUCUUAGAGAUGGCUUGUAGUUUGUCUCUUGGAUUUUGGUGUGGAGGUGUUCUGCAACUACUAGUAUCAGCUAAGAAGCAACACGCAACACCAAUAUCAUUGUUUUUGUCUUUUUUGUUGCUUCUCUAGUACUUGAUCUAUGGGUGUGUGAACUGUAUGAGACUUUGUCAAUCUUGCUACUAGUUUAUGGGUGUGAACUAUACUUGAUCUAUGGAUCUGGGAAAGUGUGAGCAUAUUUGGAUGAUUGGAUUAUGAGAUAAGGGCUAUUUUUGCUAAACAGA